GCUUGCUUCAGAAGAAAAACCGUACUUGAACGGGGUGGUCCUAUCGCACACGUCGGAGUCAUUUUCCUUUUUAAAGGCCACCACUGAACCACUCACAGUGCAAUUAGGGCUCGCGUGGGGUUUAUGGUUUGUGCAUUGGUUUAUAUUGCAUACGACAAAACCUCCCCCCUCGCGCCAGGAAUUUGUUCGCUUACGUUUUCCGGAUACGGCAUUACUGCUACAGCCUAAGUUAAAAAAGAGCCCUUUGUGAGUGAGUUCUCCUACGUACGGGUGUGUGUGUGUGUGUGCGUGUGUGUGUAUUAAAAAAGCAUCACAUAACUAAAACCACCGAUUCGGGAAGUUGGCCAGUUAGACUCCCUUCCUUACGAUAUUUGAUUUUUUUUUGGUUUUAGAAGAAAAGCAAAAACGGUACAGAGUAGCAAAAAGUAGUUAGAUAAUUGUACUUGUCGCGUGUCUGUGUCUGUCCCCGUUCUUUGGCUUGCGUAAAAUCGGGUCGCCGGAAGUACCCUCGAAAGCAGCGAAUUGGAUAGAAAGAAUUGUUUUGCGGAACAAAAAGGGACACGAUCUCCGAUUUUUUUCCCCCGUAACACGAGUGUUACGUGUGGUCAUCACCUUUAGGAGAGAUCUAGUAAGGAACAGCGUUUGCCAAAAAAAAAAACAAAGAGGAAGCACGAAGAAGUACCAGAUAGACGAAGAAGCGUAGCUUUACCAAUUGGCAGUUUUUCUUGUCUAAAAGACAAUUCGGUGAUAGUAUUACAUAAACUUCUAGCACAGAGAGUAGCGUCAACCACAACCCAAAAAACAAAAACACCUUAGGGACUUAGUUGUAUGUGUGUCGGUACACACUCUUCACUCCAGUAGCGCAAUUACUAGUACAGGACAUGGGACAGUAUUAGCUCUAAAGUAAAAAUCUAGCAAAGUAGCAGCAAUUCUACUGUGACCCCGAAAAGACAACGUGACAAUACAAUUUCUAGUAGCGGAAUACCUAGGAAAGCGUAUAUCUAGGGAUCUAGGUGUCAGAAACUCAAAGCUGACGGCCACCGAUAGUGGAAACGAUCGCAAUAUCCUGCAAAACGAAGAAUUAUGCGUGAUUAGACGAGUUUUGUCUGCAUCCGUUUUCCAUUUCCUGGAAGUUGGAAAACAGUACCGCCUGAGCUCCGCACAACACACAGUGGUACAGUUCCGCGAGCCAUCCUUCGGUUGGGUGCCACCAACUCAAACUCGGAAUACAACAAACCAAGCACAACCGUAACCGUACAUCUUUACUGCCCGGCCAGACACGACCAGAGAACACGACCAAAAACACCGUUAGUCCAAUGAAACCAAGUUUCAAGAACGGAAAGUUCGCCACAUCCAUCUACGAAAAAUGUCUCUGCCAAAAGAAUGGAAUCUCCAGACAUCGCAGGAGUGUCUUAAUCAGUACCUGCGCCCACAAAGCCUCUUUUCGGAGGAUAUCGAAAUACAACCCCACGCGGAUGAUAACCGACUCUUCGAUGGCGUCUACCAUCCAUCCAUACCGGAACAGCGAUGCCGGGCGCCUCUCAAUGCCGCCCUGCUGGCCGAGUUCGAGAACAGUGGAUCCAUGUUCUCGAUCCAGUCCGCACCGGUCGUUACGGCAUCCGGCAAGGAACCCGCGACCAACACGAACGAUACCUCGGCCAUACCACCUGCGGUGGCCUGCACCAAGUUUACCGGCGAUGGUGACGGGCGACAACCGUACGCAAACGACGGAGCAACCCUGCUCGAUGACUUCGGGCCACCACCGCAACCGGCGACAGGGACAGUUGCUGGUGGACGUAACGAUACCGUACUUCGACCAUCCUCACUCGCACUCGAUACGCACUACAACUUGGUCAAGCCACUCAGCGGAGUGGAGCCCCAGCCUUCGACCGAACUGGACGAGGAUGACAACGAGAACCUGUUGACUGUUUCGAGUCUAACCGCUCGUCCGUUGAUAGCGAAGUCUCGUGAGAUAAGAAACAAAAAGCAAAAGCUUCACAUCCAGCGGCAGCGAAAGCAGGUUGCAUCCGAUACCAGCGAAGAUGACGAUGAUAGUCCGCCUGAUGGUGGUUACGGCUGGAUCAUCGUGUUCGGUGCAUUCUCGGUCCAGUUCUGGGUGGCCGGACUGGUAAAAUCGUACGGUGUGCUGUACGUGGAGAUAAUGGAAAACUUCCCGAACGCUUCGGCCACAACCGCAUCCUGGAUACCGGCGAUCCUGUCCGCACUGUGUUUGGUACUAGCGCCACUAUCCAGUGCACUGUGUCAACGCUUUUCCUGCCGCAUCGUGGUCAUCAUUGGCGGUGUGUUCUGUGGUCUUGGACUAACGCUGAGCUACUUUGCAACCAGCAUGUAUCAUUUGCUUUUCACCUUCGGAAUACUGACCGGAAUUGGCGGAGGUCUCUCUACAACACCGGGGAUCGUUAUAGUGUCCCAGUAUUUUGAGAAACAUCGCGCACUAGCAAACGGGAUCACCAUCUCCGGUACGGCUGCUGGGAGUUUCGUGUUCCCGAUGCUUAUCGAACGGUUGAUACAUCUGUUUGGAUUUCACGGUACCUUGCUAAUACUGGGAGGUUGCAUGCUGCACGUAUGCGUUUCUGGCGCACUUUACCGACCGCUCGAGAAGAAGCAAGAGCUCGAACCAUCGAAGGAGGGUACCCAAUUCUCGUCCCGUAGCGAUUUCCGCGAAAAUCUUGGCCAUCUUAGCUCAUCGGAGGAUCACCUAAGCAAACGCUGCUUGGAGGAUCUGUUUCUGGACGAUCAAAACCGCAACAAUAGCCUUACGAGCGAUAACAACAAGUUCGUCAACAUAACGGAAAAAACGCUCCAAGAAAGUGAAGACGAACUGAAAGAUAUCCUCUCGAGUGCAAUCUUUCUUAAGCCCAUUUCGUCGAUCCGUAGCUGCAGUAUUCUGCACUCGGUCGAGGAUCUGAGCACCGAUUCGACCUGCGUCUAUAAGAACCGCGCCAGUGGCUAUGACUCCAAGCGAAACAGUAUGCGCUACAAGCAGCAGCACCUUCACCAUCGGCAGGAAGCGCAGGCACGCCCUCUGCAGCUGCCCGAAUCGAUCGGAUCACAGACGACGCUGGGUAUGGCCGAGGGUGGCGUGCGUGGUGAUGCUCCACUCUUGGGACCACUGCUGCUGGCACCGAACGAGCUGGACAAGUCGGUGGCGGUCGCACCGGAAGCGAACGCAACAGCAGCUGUUGUCCCAAUGAAGACGGCAGCGGCCGGCACAAUUCCAACGGUGAUGAGCUCGAACAACAUGUGCACGAUGGUACCGACGAAGGGACUGGCGCAGAAUAACAAUCGGGGAUUGAGCAAGAGCAUGAUCAUUCCAACACCGGUAGGCGAUCUGGAUGAGAUCUUUGACGAGGAUCCGUACACGGCAUACAAUGCAACGUGUCUGGAAAAGAUUAGUCAAUAUCUGGACAUUACGCUCCUGCAGGACAUCACGUUCAUACUAAUGUGCCUCUCGGUAGCUUUAAUGUCGGUGGGAUGUCCGUAUAUGCUUUACUAUCUGCCAGCGUACGUAAUUUCUGCUGGUUACACCAAAUCGGAGGCAGGAUAUUUGGUUGCUGUCAGUGCGGCCUUAGACUUGAUCGGACGCCUUGCCUUGGGCUGGCUGUCGGAUUUGGAUCUGUUUGAUCGAAAGAAGGCUUACAUUGUCUGUAUUCUAGGUGCUGGGACGGCCGUACUUACCAUACCGUCGAGCAGUAACGCUUGGUUCGUGAUUGUGGUUAGCGCUGGAUGCUAUGGACUGUGCUUGGGCAGCUGGUACUUACUGGUUCCGGUAUUACUGGCCGACCUGUUCGGGACGGAACGUAUUAGCUCCAGCUAUGGCUUGGUUCGGAUGUUCCAAAGUAUUGGUGCAAUCUCGGUGCCACCACUAGCAGGUUUACUGCGCGACCUAUCCGGUGGGUAUGAGAUCUGUUUCUACUGCAUGGGGGUUUGUAUGGUGAUGGGUAGCGUACCGCUGAUUGCCAUUAUACUACGAGACUCGAUUGCACUCAAGGACAAGCGACUCCAACUGGGCCAGACGGCUUAAAAUGGACGGCUGCCCAGCAUCCAAGAAUCAGCCGUGGACGAGGGGCGUUGCCAACGGAUGGUAUUGGAAUGUAUAAAUCCAGGAAGUGGAUAAUUAGGACUGAACUAUCUGGUUGAACGAUCUGGAGCUAUAUCGUAAUUAGCGUAAUCGGAGUAAUGCAUAUUAAUUUUAGUACAUAAGCAAUCUGAACCAAAACCAACCCAACACAGAAAAGAAGAACAAUAAAGGAAUAAAAGAAGUCAAAAACGUUUACAAUUCUCGUGAUCAUGAAUAAAAUUAUGUUUGUAUACCUAGUUUA